UCUCAACAAACCAGUCGAGGAACAUAAGGUGUUGAGAUUAGGUUGCGAACAGUUUCACAUAAAAUGGAAUAAGUGAAAUUAAUUAUGUGACAAAAUUUAUAAAUUUGUGCAAUGGACCCAUCGAACAACUCCAUGGAUUAUGAGUCGACCACCAUUGAUCCGGAAAACUCGUACACGCCGUACCCGGAGCGUCCGGAAACUUACAUCGUUCCGGUGGUGUUUUUCAUCAUUUUCAUCGUGGGGGUGUUGGGCAACGGGACUCUCGUCGUAAUUUUCCUACGGCAUCGUGCAAUGAGGAACGUCCCUAACACAUACAUUUUUUCGCUAGCGUUGGCCGACCUUCUGGUAAUCAUCACGUGCGUGCCCUUUACAUCCAUCUUGUACACCCUGGAGUCGUGGCCUUGGGGGGUGGUCAUGUGCAAAGUCUCUGAAACCUCCAAGGACAUCAGCAUUGGAGUCUCCGUCUUCACGCUAACUGCACUUUCCGCCGAGCGGUAUUGUGCUAUUGUCAACCCUUUGAGAAGACUACAAACAAAACCAAUGACUGUUAUCAGCGCCGGUAUGAUAUGGCUUCUGGCGACCGUGUUGGCACUACCAGAUGCGAUCUGCUCAAGGCUGCACGUCAUCGACUUGGAUAAAAUGAACACGUCAAUAGUGAUUUGCUCUCCAUUCCCGAGCAUCACCCCCACGCGCUACAGUCAAUACAACAUCGCCCUCAAAUCGCUGAUCUACUACAUCAUCCCUCUGUGCAUAAUCGCCUGCUUCUACGUCCUUAUGGCAAUCCGUCUCCACGCCAGCGCCAACGACAUGCCCGGAGAAGUCCGGGGGGCGCAGAGUUUAGCCCAGGCGAAAGCCCGGAGACACGUGGCUCGCAUGGUGCUCAUUUUCGUCUUCUUGUUUUUCAUUUGUUUCCUUCCGCACCACGUGUUCAUACUCUGGUUUCAUCUCUACCCUUUGGCACAGGAUGCAUACAACGAUUUUUGGCACGUUUUAAAAAUCAUCGGUUUUUGCUUGAGUUUUUUAAAUUCUUGCGUCAAUCCGGUGGCUCUUUAUUGCGUCAGUGGGGUGUUUAGGGCACAUUUUAAUCGCUAUUUGUGCUGUCAAGAUCCAAGAUGGCCAAGGAAUGCUAUGUCGGGCGCAAAUUGUGAAACUAGCUUCAAUUCCACCUACAGAAGACACACACAAGGCACGACGAUCGAAAAUCCAAGCAUCUACCGGAAAAACACCCUCGCCAAACGCAACAUCCAAGAAUCCAACUUGAUAAAUCUCGACACAUCAAAUAAGAACCAACUGAACGAAAUCGGCAUGAAGAAUACGUUGAUACUCCGUUCAGAAAUGCAACUAGACAGAGGCGGUUUUUGUAGCUGAGGCUGGAAAACGAUCGCCGAACAUAAAAUGAUUUUUGACGAAGAUUGUGUUUGAAGUCUUUUCGCAACGAAUGUGUGCACUUACAGCACUGGUACCUGUAAAAGACACCCGGUGAUAUUCCACGAGCUUUUCCAACUUAGUGUUUUUUGUAAAAAACUGUGUAACUGUCCUAGUGAUAAGCUUCCUGGAUUCCUCUAUCGUGCAAAUUUUUUACCAAAGUGUGUCAAGAAAAAUAAUGAUGCUUUAACCUUCUCUUCACAGAAGAAUUAAUCAAUCGACGUGACUCGCAUCCGUGAGAAACUCUUUUAUUUGACGUUUGAUUGUCUAUUUUCAAUGAUCUCGCGGCUGGUUUAAGUAGCAAUUUGAAUGCGAGAAAAUACACAAUCUUUUACAUUUCUCAGAAUUUUUUUAUGUCAAACGUCAAGGGGAAAACGCAUAAAGCUUCACGAAUUUAGUGUUGUAGAUAAGCAAGAUUUUUUCCACAUAUCACCUUCUACAACAUAUCUUUUUUUGUUUGAAAUCAACGAUCAGUAUUACAAUUCACAUCCCAGUUUCAUGUAAAAUUAGUUGUAAAUAUUUGAGAAUCUAGUAGAAUGUAUGUGUAUAUUUUUUGUAAA